GCGGCGCAACUAAAAAGUGAUAUCGACGAUCUAUUUAUUCUUGACCAGAAAUUGCGAGAGGCAAGACAGAAUGGAAGCCAGUCGGAGUUGCAGUUGCAGACUCUUACAACAUUUAUUCUCGAAUGGCAAAAGGAAAUUCAAUCAGAACCUGAUCCAAAAACUGUGGUAAACUGGAAAGAAGUGAUUCAACGUUGGGCCACUCGUGAAAUACCCGGUAGUAUACUGCUGGAAAUCGAUAGAAAAUACUACUUUUCGUUGCCAGAAAUAUGGAGGAACACCACUAAACGAACAAUUGUAAAUUACAUCCACUGGCAAUUUGUGAAUCGCAUUUUUGGUGAGGCCCCCAAAGAAACAGAAAUGUCCGAGGCGCAUACACAUUGGUUUGUCGAACAUUACUUCACGGAGACCGACCAAAAAGCAGUACCAGAAGUCGUGAAGUAUAUUAAAGAAGAGUUCAUAUAUCAAAUUGAAAAAUCCAAUUUGAUGGGCAAUUCUUCUAAAUCGGCCCUAAAGAGGAAACUGGAAAAAAUGGAAAUUCUUAUUGGCCGUCCAGAUUGGAUUCAAAAUAGAACAGAAAUUGAAAGUUACUAUGAAAAUAUGGCUCCUGGAGACACUGGAUACGAUAGCUGGGCACGGCCCUUAUUGGAAUGUUGUCAGGAAGUGCAGAUACGGUAUAUCCCAGCAGGAGCUUUUCACCUACCUUUUUUCAACUCAGAGGCACCUGAUUUCGUAAAUUACGGAGCGUUAGGAAGCAUUAUCAGCCACGAGAUAGGUCAUGGCUUUGAUGACCAUGGAAUAAGAGAUAGAACAUCAACUAGAAACCCUGUACGAGAUGACUUUAUGCUUUUUAACUACAAGAUUCAACUAGGAUGCAUUGAGGAUCAAUUCAGAAACUAUUUCAAAUCGGAUUCGCUGGUUGCUCAAACAAUGAGUGAAAAUGUCGCGGAUUUAAUUGCAACUCAACUAAUGUUGGGUGCUUACGACCGUGCGAAACAGGCUGGGAAGGCAAAUGUGACAGUGAAGCUCCCAGGGUUCGAAAAGUUUACUGAUGACCAAAUGUUCUUCAUCGCUUUUGCUCGGACAUACUGUCAAGUUACACUUGACAACUAUAAAGAUGAAUCUGACGUACACAGUCCACCGGAACUUCGGGUAAAUGUUGGUAUUAGUAAUGUUCCAAGAUUUGGCGCAGCUUUCAAUUGUACAGUGGGAAGUUCCAUGAAUGCGGCGAAAAAAUGUACCAUUUGGGAAAAAAGAAGUUCUUCCUUGAAUGACGACAGAUGA